GAGCGGGUGAGGAGCAGCGCGGCGAUGUGGCGCUCAAACGGGAACUGCGGCGGCCGCGGCGUGACCCCAAACCGGGAAUGGAGACCCCGGAGUGGGGCAGCAGCGCGCUGUAGGGCCUCAGAACGACCAAAGGGGACCCCAGAGCCUCAAACCGGGACCCCGAAGUGAUGAAGGAGGACGCGGAGGAGACGGAGAGCCCCACGGCGUCGAAGUGGGUCCCCAUAACUUCAAACGGGGAUCCCAGUUGGGUCCCCAUAUCCUCAAACUGGGAUCCCGCAGCAUCGAAGUGGGUCCCCAUAUCCUCAAACCGGGACACUGUGGUGACAAAGGAGGAUCCCCCCUCCUCAAAUGAAGCCCCUGCGGCAGAGUGGGGCCCCAAAAUGCCCCCUGAGGGGCGCCCCGUGGAAGAAUGGGACCCCAGAGCAUCUCCCACUGUGGACCCCACAGCAGAACCUGACCCCGAAACGUCCAAAUGGAUCCCAGUGUCCUCAAACGGGGACUGCAAAGCGAUGAGGAGGGACCCAAAGCCCUCCAGCGGAGACCCCACGGCAGAACCUGACCCCAAAGCGUCCAACUGUGCCCCUACGUCUUCAAGUUGGGCCCCCAGAGCGGUGCUGUGGAACCCCACAUCCACAAACGAAGACCCCACAGCAGAACUGAACCCUGAGCAGCACCACAGGGCAGAGUGGGACCCCGCAGCCCCUAUGGAAGAAGACCAGGACCCCAGGAGCCACCAGGGUUCACCCCACAACAGAACCUGACCCUGAGCAGCACCGCGUGGCAGGGUGGGACCCCUCGCCCCCUAUGGAAGAAAACCAGGACCCCACGACCCACCAAAUCCGCCUCACGACAGAACCGGUCCCCACACCUUACAGGGACCCCCUCGACGCCGAGGAGGACCCCCCCCUCCCCAUGGCUGCGGUGGAAUCCAUGUUGGCCGCGGUGGCCGCCAGCCCCGUCCGCGUCCGCAGCCAACAGCAGGGAGACCCCGAGCUGACGGCAGCCGAGCGGCACCGCGAGCUGCGGGCGCUUUUCCUCCGCAAACCCCUCGUCUUCCUCGAGCGCUUCCACGGAGCCCUGAGGCCUGAACACCUGCCCUGCUUCGCCCACCUCCCCCCCUGCUACGAGGUCGCUUUUUACUGCCGCCAGGUGCGGGGUCGAAGGCGGCAGAGCCCCGAAAACGGGGCAACCCGUUGGCCUCGAAGGCCCGGAGCCCGAACACGACUGAGGAACCGACGCUACGCGGCCCUGCGGCAGCUCAUCGCAGGAGGCGAAUACUUCAGCGAGGAGGAGAUGAGAGCGCGGGAGCCACUGCUGUACGAGCAUUACAUCGGGCAGUACCGUGAUGCCCAGACCCCCCUCGGGACCCCCACAUGUCCCCCCCCCACCGGGACCCCCCUCCGGGACCACGUGGGCUGCGGCGCUGCUGCGGUCGGUGGAGGAGGCGGCGGUGCAGCAGAGGCUGCAGAGACA